GGAUUNCCCCCGGCCGGAGCGCAAAGGGAGGGGGCGCGCUCUCAAGCCCCCCGCCGCCCUCCCCCAGUCCGGGGGAGGAAUGUGCCACCAGCUGUUCUCCGCUCGCGAGCGCUUCGCCCAGGAGUGAGCAACUUGGAGGAAGAAGAGACAAAGGCUGCCGGUGGGACGGAUGAGUUAGAGACUUGGGUUCGGGCAAACAAAAGGUGAGCAAGACGAGAAGGGAUCAGGCCAUGGCAGCGGGGGAGCCCCGCGGGCUCGAGCUCCCGGGAGCAGCGCCGUGACACGCAUGCUGUCCCCGGACCUGCUGCUACGCUGACUUCCGCGAGCUGGGAGCCGGACGCGGCGAGUUGGGGACUGCGCCGGAACAAUGGAUAACUUCUUCCCCGAGGGAACACGGGUCUGGCUGAGAGAAAACGGCCAGCAUUUUCCAAGUACUGUAAAUUCCUGUGCAGAAGGCGUGGUUGUCUUCCGGACAGACUAUGGUCAGGUCUUCACUUACAAGCAGAGCACAAUUACCCACCAGAAGGUGACCGCUAUGCACCCUAGGAAUGAGGAGGGGGUGGACGACAUGGCCUCCUUGACUGAGCUCCAUGGGGGCUCCAUCAUGUAUAACUUAUUCCAGCGAUACAAGAGAAACCAAAUAUAUACAUCCAUCGGCUCCAUCCUGGCCUCCGUGAACCCCUACCAGCCGAUCGCCGGCCUGUACGAGCGCGCCGCCAUGGAGCGCUACAGCAGGUGCCACCUGGGCGAGCUGCCCCCGCACAUCUUCGCCAUCGCCAACGAGUGCUACCGCUGCCUGUGGAAGCGCCACGACAACCAGUGCGUCCUCAUCAG